AAUGCGGUCUGAGUAGUCGUUGUAACGUCCAAAGGUGUCCCCCGCGAUGUGGCGGUGCUUGUGGCAACCCGCACCGAAGGAACGCAGACAACGCCGACAAGAUUGCCUGGAAAUCGGGUGUUGACUGUCACAGUACAAACGGAACCGAAUGCAAACGAAGACGCGGCUUCUGUAACUCCAAAGAAUCUGGUGGCUAAGUCGCAUUAGCGGAAGCAGUUUGUUAUCACCACCCAAGAUUAGCACCAAAGAUUGCAGUGGGCUGUCCCCGAGUCAAGCUAGCAAGCACAGUAGUUCAUAUUUUAGCCCGGUGGACUGGUUAAUGCUGUUUGGCCAAUAUUGCUUGUCAGGCUAACUCAUUUAGGUGAUCUCAUGAACUCUGAAAUCUGUGCAAACAUGUCCACCAUUUCGUUGGAUAAAGAACUCCAGGAGCGACUGAGAGAGGCGUCUGCAAUCGGGGACAUCGACGAAGUGCGGACAUUGGUUGAGAGUGGCGUCAACGUCAAUUCACAAAACGAAAUCAAUGGAUGGACUUGCCUGCAUUGGGCAUGCAAGCGAAACCAUAAGCAGAUCGUGUCCUACUUACUUAGUAGCGGUGCGGACAAAGACAUCCUCACAGCUAAGGAAGAGCUGGCCUCACAGCUCACGUCCAAAGCGGAGAUCAAACGGCUUUUAGGAGUUGAAGUGGAGGACGUGCCCGAAGUCAAGGAACCCGAGUUGCCCAUCAUCCCCAACUAUUUGUCCAACCCUCCCUUCUUAUACUCAAAGAUGGAUAACAAGAUGGAGCUCCUCCUUUCUCAGCACCUGGCACAAAACGGAUCGGCGGAACACACCGAGUCCACGGACAGCACUUCGGCUCCACUUUCUCCAACUGGGCACUUUAAGAGCUCGCAGAGCCUGCCGUCUGACGACCCUGUUCCGCCAACAAACUCCGUCGCUCACAGCCAAGUUCAGCCCCGGGAAUUCGUUCCGGCGGCCGAGCAAAACGGCGCGCCGCUCGGUUUGGCCAACCGCACGGUCGUAAACUGCACCGUGCCGGCGGAUCUGUCGGUGGAGCCGCAUCUCGUCAACCACGCCGUGCAGCACAACGGGAGCGUGUGCUCGCCCCCUCUGGCCUCGCCCGGCCCGGGUUUGGCUUGCGGCAACGGCGCUCAGGUCCAAGCUCCCGUGAGCAACCCCAACCCGGCAGUGAGCAGACAGCAAUCCGUCCCGCAGCAGAUCGGCUACAGUCAAGCGGGUGGACCUUUGCCGGCCUUCCAGCCGUUCUUCUUCACGAGCACCUUCCCCGUCAAUGUGCAAGAAUUAGUACUGAAGGUGCGCAUCCAGAACCCAAACGCCCGUGAGAAUGACUUCAUCGAGGUGGAACUGGACCGCCAGGAGCUCACCUAUCGUUCUCUGCUGAGGGUCUGCUGCCGUGAAUUGGACAUCAGCUCUGAGCACGUGGAGAAGAUCCGCAAGCUACCAAACACCAUGUUGAGAAAGGACAAGGAUGUCGCCCGGCUGCAGGACUUUCAGGAACUGGAGGUUGUGCUGGAGAAAUCCGAGGGCUUGUCCUUGUUCUCCGGCCCGGGGGGGCUGACCGACAGACCCUGCUACAACAUGACGGCCUCGCGCCUCACCUACUAGACACCCCACCCCGCCUCCCAGGUUUCCCUGCUUGGUUCCUUUCCAGUUCUCGAGCUCUUUGUCCUGAUCCGGGCCCUUUGGCUGCUUUGGUGUUCCUCACUUUUGUCGUCCGAGAUGACGAGAGAUGACGUACGCGGGCCCCUUCUCUCCUCCGCCUUGUGCCAAGGCUCCAGGGGAACCACAACAUCGGUCGGGGGCAUUAGCUUGUCUUCCUGGGGUUUCUGCAAUAGCCUUAUAUGGACAUGUCCAUCCAUCUACAAGCAAGUGGUCACGCACUAUUUGCAUAGGCUGGAAGAUGUUCCAGCUUGCUUACACACCUUUGCACAUGCCGUUGCUUCAACCUUGGUGUCUUGGAGUCGCCGGAAUGGGUGGUCGCUUUUAACUGCUGUCUGCACACAAUGUGGAAAAGAAAACUUUGAGUUAUUUCCCUUUCCCACGUGUACCAAUCGAAGUUUGUUUUAAAGUCCCAGAUACCUCACCGCCUCGUUUUUCUUUUAUUUCACCUGCCGGUAAGCAAUAUCACAAAGGAAUGCAGCUCGACAAGUUUGUUUGUUGGGUCAAGUGGAGAGGAAUGGAAGUUCUUUUUUUUCAACGACAAAAUGGGGUGUUGCCUCCUUAUCGCCCACCUUUCUCAACGCCUGUUUUUUUGGUUUCUAGUGGUAGCUUGAUUGGAUUUUGACCUGACUCACCUAAAACUGCACUAACAAGCUGACGUUGAAUAUCCUUUUUCGUCUUUUUUGUUGAGAGCCUUGUGUCAAAUGGAAAUGUUAAUGCUGCUGCUCUUCUAUGUACCAUCAUGUUCCGUUCCCUGACAGUGGUCCCACAAUCAAAAGUUCUAACAGUUUCCUUUUCAUAGGUAUACCAGAAGCUCUUACUUUAUGAAAUCUAUUUUUUAUGAACAAGCAUAGUUUUGGUUGCGUUUGUUUUGAACCAAAUAGGCCUGUUGUGUUUGUGUCAAAACGUUAAAUGCCAGAAGUUCAAGUUCACGCAUGGUGUGAAACAAAGUGCAAUGAGACAAUGUUAAAGACUUUAUGAAGACGCGGCCAGACAGGGUGAGAGCGUCGUGUUGAAAAAGUCAUGAGUUUAUGCCUCAUGUUUGCUUCUGCGAAAAGGAGACUAACACUAUCGGUGGCUUUGUUUAGUGUUCUAGACUACACAGAAUACACUUUGACUUAACCUAUGCAUCCAGAGUCUGAUAUUUUUAUAAAAGAUGUGUCCUGUUGUACUUGCAGAAAUAAUCAUAGGCACUGUUGAAGGUUUUUUUUUUUUUUUUUUUAGUUUUGUUCUGGAGACCCGUUUAUGUUCUUUGAUAAAGCAUGGUGAAUGGACCUCA